AUGUCACGUGGGACCAAACGACCGGUCUCUGUCAGUAAUGCUUUCCGAAUGGAAGAAGCGACAGCCUUCGUGCCCAAGGACGCAAGGACUUCACGGACUCUGGAUCCCCGACACGACGGCUCGAUCACUACACCCGUUGCUGGGCUGCCUGGAGAGAAGGAUAUGGAGACUCCACCCGUCACACGGCGUGCUUCGUUCGACCAAGCAGAAGCACAAGUCACGCGGCGCGCCUCCUUCGACCAGAAGAUGUCCAGCACGAAGUCGGCAAGCCCACCUGCACUCGGUGAGAAGCGUGGGGAGAGGGCGAAGCAGGGAUUCUUUGUCUGCUGGUUGUGCAAGCGAAAGUUUGAUACCUACGAGAAAUUCGACUCCCAUGUGCUGUACAGCAGGCUGCACCAAGAAACGAUCCGACAGCUUGCAGGAUUGGCUUAG